UAGUUUCUAAAUCUGCCACGGCGCCCGAAAUACUACAGUCGGCCAUUUUCAUUUGUAUCGUUCUUUACGCUCGUACCUUUUCCGGAUAGUACACAACAUGAGUCGUGUUCGUACGAAGACCGUCAAAAAGGCGGCGAAGAUGAUCAUUGAAAAAUAUCAUCAUCGCCUAACCUUGGAUUUUCACACGAAUAAGAGGAUAUGCGAAGAAAUUGCUAUUAUUCCUAGCAAAUCUCUACGAAAUAAAAUUGCUGGAUUCGUCACUCACUUGAUGAAGCGAUUGAAACACAGCCAGGUCCGUGGUAUUUCUAUUAAACUUCAGGAAGAAGAAAGGGAACGCAGAGACAACUAUGUUCCAGAAGUUUCUGCUUUGGAACACGAUAUCAUCGAAGUUGAUCCAGAAACCAAGGAAAUGUUGAAGAUGUUAGAAUUCAACAACAUUACUGGAUUACAAUUAACUCAACCCGUUACACAAUUUAGUAGACGUUCUUAAAAUAUUUCUUUUUACUUAAAAUAAAAUUGUUGGUCUUGCAUUUUUAAAUAAAAUUGCAUGCUGACAAUCUAAGGACGUUGCCUUUUUUUUUGUUUUUAUUCGUUGUAUGAUUGUACUAACUCGUUUCUUUUAUACUCUGUGAAUUGUGUUCAGGAUUAGAAGUUAGUCUAAAUUAUUAUACAAAUCUAACAAUUUACAAAUCGAAUUCAUUUGGAUAGAACAAUCUAAUAAUAUUUCAGUAAAUUAAUUAUGAACUAUGUACAUCAUAUAUGCAAUAACUCGUGAAGUGUUUUACACAUGCGCAUUGUUGAAUAACUCAAUAGCUACAGUACCGUA